GUACCCUGCCUACCCACAGCCCGGCUACGGUCACCCUGCUGGCUACCCACAGCCUAUGCCCCCCAUCCACCCAACGCCCAUGAACUAUGCUCUCUCCUUCCGUUUCCCCAUCUUUGUUACCUCCCUGCUUUUUCCUUCAGCUCCUAGCCCCCCGGACCACCUACCAGCCCCUUUAUUCAGAAAGGAGGCUGGGUCCAUAAGACACACACCAGAACUUACACAUCAGAUGAGAAAGUGGCUGGCGAAGUAAUUAAUUCCUUCAGAGCCAUGACCUGUGGAGGCCGUUUCCGUUGCCCAGCGAGGCAGCUGCCACCCCACCUACACUCCUCACUUCCUUAGGAAAUGCCUUUGGAACCCGAAGCCCUUUUUUUUUUUUUAAAAAUAUUCUCGGUGCUGACAAAUCCUCAUCUCUUAAGGUAACAUCUGAUUUUUGCAAACAUCCAGAAGUUGUUUGGAUGUUUGAUAAACAUCAUGGCUGGUAAAUUUGGUCAGAAAUGAGAUGAGAUUAGAAUGUGGUGAGAUUUUCCUGUGCGGCUCACAUGCGGAUUUUGAAAGCAGCUCCCAAGGAGGCAUUCAAACAAUGUGUUGAGCCCCUGCAGCAUCUCUGGAAUCCUGGAGCGCAGCCAACUGUCAUCUGGCCGUACGUGUUCUGGUGUGAAUAUUGGUACAUCAGUCACGUUUCUGGUCAUGCCUCGUCCUGUGCACGCAUACCCCUGAUAUUUCUGUUUUCCCCGAGUCCUAAUGUUUGCCUGAUGUAGAUCAGUCUGCACGCUCGGUUCUCCAUCCUCCACACACAUGCGCUGUUUCUAUCUUCCGUUUCCUCCUUCCACCCCUGAGUCCCUGCUCUGACUCCGCCAGCCCCUCUCCCCCGCGCUUGCCUGGAUUCCUCAUGAGAUCGUGUCCCCGUGGUGGCAGUGACCACAGGUCACCUCAGUAAAUGCAUGCUGACGGAGUGAUCACACCUAAGCCCCCCUUUGGCCAGGGGUACGCUGCUCCCUGUGGUACAAGCUCUGGUCACAUGGAAGGCCCAGGCCAGGGCUAUGAUGGGGAGGAGAGAGCUGUGAGUGACAACUUCGGAUCUGGAGAGUGGAGUGACAGGAAAGUCCGACACGCCUUCAUCCGAAAGGUUUACACCAUCAUCUCCAUCCAGCUGCUCAUCACGGUGGCCAUCAUCGCUGUCUUCACCUUUGUGAAGCCAGUCAGCGAGUUCGUGAAGGCAAACCUGGCCGUCUACUACGCAUCCUAUGCUGUGUUCCUGGUCACGUACCUGACCCUUGCCUGCUGCCAGGGACCCAGACGCCGUUUCCCAUGGAACAUUAUCCUGCUGACCCUCUUUACUCUUGCCAUGGGCUACAUGACCGGCACCAUUGCCAGCGUGUAUGACACCAAAGCCGUCAUCAUUGCAAUGACCAUCACUGCUGUGGUGUCCAUUUCAGUCACCAUCUUCUGCUUCCAGACCAAGGUGGACUUCACCUCGUGCACAGGCCUCUUCUGUGUCCUGGGCAUUGUGAUGAUGGUGACUGGCAUUGUCACUGCCAUCGUCCUGUCCUUCCAAUAUGUUUACUGGCUGCACAUGGUCUAUGCUGCUUUGGGGGCCAUUUGCUUCACUUUGUUCCUGGCUUACGACACACAGCUGGUCCUGGGGAACCGGAGGUACACCAUCAGCCCGGAGGACUACAUCACCGGCGCCCUGCAGAUCUACACAGACAUUGUCUACAUCUUUACCUUUGUGCUGCAGCUCCUGGGGGAUCGAAAUUAGGGAGCACCUCCCGUUCCGCCCUACCUUGGACUUUCCCUUCCCUAGAGGGCUGGGCCCUGUGACCUGGGUCUGGGCCUAGACCCCUUUCCUUCCCCUCAAGUAAUAUGCCCAUUUUCCUUUCUGUCCGGGGAUGGGUAGCCUCUCUGGCUGUGGAUGUGUAGGUACUUGGUGGGGUUGGAGGAACUAGGGACUAACUCUUGCCCUUAGUGGACUUGGCAGGAACUGGGCCAAAGAUGUGCAUUCUCCCUCCGCCCACUAUGGGGCACCAAAUCCUUAACAGUUGGGGUUGGAGUGGGGAGGGAUGAAAA